GCUCGGUUUCAAGGCACGAGCACCAGGAGAUGACAGGAAACGUGUGUUUUUCAUUGUCCUGGACCUCGCAGAUUUCUCGGAGAAGAGGGAGAAGACUGACUCCAUUUGCUCAAGAAAAAAGUUGAUCGUCACCAGGUUUUUCAGAGUAGGCAAUGGGAACAAACUUCUAUUAGGCAGCAAAACUAUAAGCCUUCAGUGGAGUUUACAUAUGAGGUUGUUUAUUGGCCGACGCUCCCUCAUCUUACUAAUGCCAUGCCACGGAUUUCAUCUGGGAAAAUCUUUAAUGGCGAGCAACAAAGAGUGAAAACAUUUUGGACGGCAAGGGGAAGACUGGACAGCAACGUAAUUACUCUUGGACAGAAAUGCUUUUCAACAUUUAACAUUUUUGUCGCAGGACGGUAGGCUACAUGUUGUGUUCCAUAACCAACUGACGUGGGGCUCUCGGGGGGCUGGCCGAGAAAGGAGAUCUGGCUGAGGGGGCUACGCGCACACAGGCUACACACACACACACACACACAAACGCUGUCAAACACCCACGCUUCAUUUGACUAGAAUAUCUUUUGAAUAUUAAACAAACCACACGCUACUAAGCUAUGGUACAACGGGUGCUAGACCUAAGUGACACAAUAGGUUGUUAUGCAGGCUUACAUAUUUACAAAUUAAGGUGCACUCCAUCCACAGUGUCCGAUUGUUGUUAAAAAGUAGCCCAGCAGAGCAACUGUGACAACUCAGACGUGUUCCGUUAUACGACAUAGUUUUCACUGGAAUGGAAGUAUUGGAAUUUUACUGAGCGUUCGUAGUUCAAUGACGGCCUUAAAGAUGGUUGAGACGCGGAGCUCCCUUCAGAGGGAAGGGGUCUACCGCUGGUUCUCCGUCCUGAGCUCGGCACAAAGGGCCGAGUUCCUGUGCGGGCUCUUGGAUCUUUGUGUCCCUAUUGAGCUGCGGUUCCUCGGUUCCUGUCUUGAGGACUUGGCCCGUAAGGACUACCACUCCCUCCGGGACGCCGAGAUCAAAGCCAACAACCCGGCGGACCUCGCGAACCUGACCAACAUCACGGACGAGGUGGUGAGGAGCAAAUUACUUAUUUCCCUCGCGUUGCUCAGCUCGGAUAACCGGGAGGCGGCUGGGGUACUUUUUCGUACUCUGACACACAUCGACACCAUCAUCAACAACUAUGGACUACAGCUUAACGACGGCCAGACAGGCGAACAGUUCCUCUUGCUCUUCACCAUGGCUUCCAACCAUCCUGCUUUCAGCUUUCAUCAGAAACAGGUGCUGCGCCACGAGCUCACACAGAUCCAGGAGAUCCUGCAGCUGACCGGUGGCGAGCAACAGCACGCGACUCCACUCACCCAGGGCUGCACCGUGCCCACGUGUAUAACCGCGCCUUCCAUCAACUCCUGUCACUCUGGCUGUGCAUGCGCCAGCACGGCUUCACACCGAGAGGUUGCCAUGGCUCCGACUGAUGAAAGUGUCCCCCCUGACACUCUGGAGGUGACACCCGCAGCACCCCACACCCAGCUGGAGCUACAGGGCAAAGGUCAUGAAGGGAAACCCAAUAAAGUGUGGGUGGAGAGAGUGGAGGUCAGGGAGGUGCUUCAGAAGCCGGACAAGUCCACAGAGCUCCUGCUGCAGGUGGUGUGGUCUGACUCCAGCCAGUCCUGUGUCAGCAGAACUGCUCAAGAGCUGAAGGAGCUGCUCGCUCAGGUAUCUUUGCUCUUUCCUGAUGAAUGCUUCGAGAAACCCUCACCCAUAUCUCCUUCCCAUGAGCCUCCACUUGAGCUGGAUCCCAGGUGGUUGUCAUCCCUCCCUCCUCAUGUCCUGAAACACGACACACUCAGACAUUUCUUCACUUCAGUGCCUCUGCCACAGCUUCCAAACAGCACCAGUCUGGGAUGUCUGCUGCCCUUCCGAGGAGUCAGCAGGGCUGUGUGUGGGGUUGCCAGUGUCCAGCCCGUAGUGAACGUCCCCCACGGUCCCCCCCUGCUUCAGAGCGCCCUGCUGCCACCACCCCAUCCUCCCGUGCCUCCCCAGGCGGUUGGCAUGAUGACGCUGCCCUCGGCCGGCGCCGCGAUCCUGACGGAGUGCGAGGGCGCCGUUCCGCCAUCCCCCCGUGCCCCCCACUCCGGCCUCGGCCUCGGCCUUCAGCCGCAGGUGCAGUCCAAGACGGCGACGAACGUGCCGGCACAUUCGCAUUCACACACGCAGCCGCUGCUUCCUCAUUCAUACUCGCAGACGCAGACACAGGCGCAGCUGCAGAUGCAGAUACAGUUGCAGUCCCAGCAGCAGCAGCAGCAGCAGGCUAGCCCUGAGCAGAACUGCCUGCUCGACUGGCUGCGUAAACUCAGACUGCACAAGUAUUACCCCGUGUUCAAGCAGCUGACCAUGGAAGAGUUUCUGGCUCUCACUGAGGAGGACCUGAACAAAUACGACUUGACGCAGGGUGCCAAGAAGAAAUUGAAAACGCAGCUGGAACUGCAGAAAGAGAAGAGGUAUGUGGUUUCUCAAUUCCCAGUGUCCUGCGGUGGAGUUGCCAGAGUUACCCCUUCCAGCCACGUCAGUCCUUUACACACACACUCCACUGCCAAUACAGAGCUGCGUGUGGAGGUGGACACCGGCUCCAUGUCGGUUCCCAGAGACAGCAGCUCCUCCUCGGGUUACUCCAGCGCCCCCAACAGCCCCAUGACCCCCCAGAGCAGGGACGCAGCCUCCUUCGACAGGUCUAAAGACCUGCACCGCCGUGGAGAGGCUACGCUGGACCUGAGUGACAAGGAUCGGACGGUUCUGAUGAGCCCGGUGAUGUCCGGUAGCCGGCCGACCGCGCAGGUGCUGCCCGUGCAGAAUGACCCCGGCUCCUCGCUCAACCUCCCGCCUCCGCUGGCUCUCGGGCGACCGCUGGCGUCCCCGCGCAAACCUCGACCCCCGCCGCUGUGCACGGACGAGCGGCGGCCCGCGGGCAUGGUGGGGGCGUCCCGUCUGGAGAGCCUGUUCCCCAGCCUGAGCCUGGAGGUGGGCCACCCCCCUGUCAGCAGCAUGCUGCGCUCCCCGUCGGGGCUCAUGGUGGAGACCAGCUCGGCCCUCACGGCCACCUCCAACACCCUGCACCACGUCUCGCACCCGCCGCUCCACCUGCAGCUGUCCCCCUCCCUGCCCAUGCGCAGCGGCGCUGGCAGUGGACACCCUUACCCCUUCGUCCUCUCCUCGUCCUCGUCUUCCUCCUCCUCCUCCGGCUCCUCCUCAUCCUCGCUGGCUUCCUCGUACUCGUCCAAGUCCUCCUUUCCUGCCGCUGCUCCCGGCGGGGUCCCCAUGGCGACGGCGAGCAGCAUUCCCAUGGUGGCCGUGCCCGGCAACACCUACUGUGUGAACAACGUGUCGGCUCUGGCGCCGAGCACCAGCCCCACGUCCUCAGAGGCGGCCUGCUAUGGCGUGUCCUCUUCCUCCUACUCCGCCACGCCGCCCGCGUCCUCCUCCUCCUCCUCCUCCUCCUCGUGCGUGUGUGUGUGCAGCUCGUGCGGCUGCAGCGGGAGCUGUGGCUCGUACGCAACACUGCCCAACAGCUACGCCGGCUACUUCCCGCACCCUUUCUCGGGCACGUCGGUCUUCACCCUGGGCCCACUGCUGCACCUCAGUCCCCUGCUGACAGGGGGCGCUACUGCGCCGGCGCCCUUCUCCUACCCUGUGGUCGCCCCGCCGCUGUACAACAGCAGCCUGUCUCAUGAGGCGCAGCAGCAGCAGGGCCUGGUCCUCCCACCCAUGCAGGGGUUUUUGGGGGGUGGGGGGAAUGUGUAUCAGUCCCAUGGGAUGCUGGGUAAUGGAGGCAACCUGAAAAAGGGGGGCGGGAACGUUUCGUGUUACAACUGCGGCGUGAGCGGCCACAGAGCACAAGACUGCAAACAGCCACCAAUGGACUCCGCCCAGCAAGGCACUUUCCGGCUGAGGUACGCCCCUCACACUGACAGCCAAGACUCAGGAGACUAAACCUGAUUACAGCCAGGGCUGCUGCCAAGACUCAGAGCUUAAGUGAAGAAGACAUGCAAAAAGCCCCAAACCUCCCAAUGAUUUCAGAUCAGAAAAGUCUCUAAAAGGUCUACUUUGAUUUCAAUCAUUUACACCUGCACUUCAGAAAUGUACACCUGUUCUUUACGAUCCUCUCAUACCAACGACUACAAGGAGAACACUAGAACCUCUACAGGUUAUGUCAGUGAUCAUCUCUAUCAGCUUUCCCCGUAGAACCUCUGCAGGCUGGAUCAGUUGGUGACCUCUUAUCAAUGUCCUCUAUUGAAACCUCUGCAGACUGGAUCUUUGGUCACUUCUAUCAACUUCCUCUGAAUUUAUGUUUAUCUGGGGGCAGAGGAAAAGAUAGCCACAUCCAGGAGGUGCUCUUCUUUUUUGGGAGUCUGUUUUGUUUGUGUGUGUGACCUUUUUUUCAUCAGGGAAAGAAACUGAAGCUUUUAGAUACUCCUUCUCCCCCACUCAGGUCAAAAAUCUCAUGAACUGAGCAUGAUCCUCACUCCCAAGAAACCAUGCUGACUCUGAGAGGGAGACAGAAGCAGCAUACAGCGGCCAUUUUGUUUUGUUCCUCUGACUGGAAUAGACCUGCACAGUCAAAUCAACAGACUUUUUUUGUAAUGAAAAGGGUGGGGUGGGGGUGGGGGGGUCUAAUACUGUCCUCAUUCAAUGAGUUGCCAAGUAAUAUCACAAGAAGCCAGACUGCCAUUCUUCUGUGAGUCCUUUGCGUUGACAGGGUAGUUUUUGGGCCUGAGAAGGAAUCGACAGAGAUCUCUUUUUUUUAUGAGUGAGCAGGACUGAGACUCUUCCUUGUCUUUUCUUCUGUCAUUGUCAUUAUGUUUUUACAUGUUAUUUCGUCAGGUGUCUGAAAUACUUUUAAAAGAUUUUAGAAUCAUUUAUAUAUUUGUAAAUGUCAUAAUCUGCCAGUCAAAUGACAUAUAGCACUUGAAUUCAAGAAAAAAAACAAAGUGAUUAAUUUUGAGAAAAUACUUUGCACUGCCCUGGUUCCUCUGAGGGAGAGGGCGAUUAGUGCAGUGUUGUGUUGUGCGCACAGCUACAGGAGUGUUUCAUCCACUUCCUGGUGCUGAUGUGUGCCGCCUUUAAGAGAACUGUUGUCCAGUCCUAUUUAGUGAAUGUGUGUGGAGGGACGAACUAGGGUUGAGUGACAUCUUGAAAGCACUUUUUUUUAAUCCAAUCAGAGUGUGUCCUGGUUGUUUGUAAUUGUGGGCCAGCAGGUUCUGGCCCUAUACGAGAUAUGAUAUUUUAUAUCAGGAUUUUGUUGAAGGGAUUUGUCACACAUUGCAUUUAUAGUGCUUUUGAUAGGGCUUCUGAUGUGCCUACAAAUGUAUAAGAAAAGAGCAGGAGGGAUACAGUUUUGUCUCUUUAAAAACAUUCAGACAUAAAAGCUACAUUCAUCACUUCAGAAUGACCAUGACAGAGUGUGUAAGAUAUCACACAGGAUAUGACAUGUAGGUCUUGGUGCACGUUUUAUGACCUCACGAUUCAACAAGCAACGUUUCAACAGGACAUCAACAUAUCAUGGAAUGUAUGGCCAUAUGAUGCCGAGAGUAUUAACACGGCUUGCCCCUGAAUCAGUCAUGCGUAGGAAUGCUUUAAAAGUGAUGUUCCUUUAGCCUGGCUAAAAAAUUCUCGUCUCACCUUCAAUUUCCAAGAGGCAUAACCAGCGAUGGAAUUAAACUUAAAGUUGGCACAAUAAACUAUCACCGAAUCCUUUGGAAGCACGUCAAAUAAAGGUUUAUAAAUGUAGUUGUUUACUCAAUUUAAAAGAAAAUACAUGUUGGUGUUGUUUAAUACGGACGGCACCAGUGCAGCCAUUGGUUGUGCCCAAGUAGUGCCAGCGUUGCUCCUCUAUCUGUCUUUAUAGACCCUUUCAUCAAUAAAAACAAAAACAAUGCUUGAACGUUCUAUUUGGGCCCCAAUCUACUUCCUCUGCAUUAAGAUAGCAUAUGGAAUGUUAAAAAGGAAGUCUUGUGGGGCCAACUAUGAUGCUGAUAAUGGAACUCUCUUGAAAGGGUCCAUAAAGCGCGCCCCAUACCAGAUAAGCGGCUGUGAUUGGCUCCUGGGAUCAUUUUUGGAAUGAGUGGAUCUGCCAGAGCAAAUUCAAACAUGCUGUGGGAUUCAUCUGGUUCCCAAGGCCAAUGUUCCUGUAUUGUCAUGCUUUCUUUAUGUUUUUGAGCAUUUUGCCUCUUGUUUUUUUCUGAUUAGAAAAUGUGUGUCAUUAUGAAAGCAGUCAGUAACCCUAUAACCCUUGAGGCAAAAUGCACACUGAAAGCCAGGGAAUACAGAGAAACACUAUACAUUCACAUUGUAAUUUUACGUAUAGAGGCAACUCUGUUUACAAGUGUAGACACUCCAUUGCUAAUAUUGAACUAUUUUGUCAUAUUCCAUCACAUCCACAUCAUGUCUACUUCAGUACAUUUUCUCAGAUGUUACUUUGGUUGGCAGCUGCUGAAAUCAGCUCUGUUGGUGCGGUUUUGCUGUAUUGCUGGCCUCUCUUAAGGCCGAUCACCCCUUACAAAAAAAUAACUCAUUACUUCAAGUGUCAAAACUGCAGUUUUCUGAGUAUCAAAACUGCAGUUUUGUAGGAAUUUGCAGUUCUUAUGCAGGAAAUGCAGUAUUUUGGACACAAAGAAAACUGCAUUAUAUUGCAUAGUUCUGUACUGUAAUACUGCAGAAAUUCAGUAUUUUGGACAUGAAAAUACUAUUGUACUGCACUGUACUCUAGUAUAAUUGCACUGGAAAAACCUGCAGGAUAAUUGCAGUUAUUUUUUUGUAGGGACUCUGACACCAGAACGGUACACUUCAAAUGAGCUUGUCAGCUAGACACCAAACCCAAUGUAUUAACAUGUGGUUAUGGAAUUAUAAAUUCACAUGACGGCUCCAAGUACAGGUGUGAAUGCACUCCACAUUUAGAGGUGGUCUGGGCUAUCUAUGGCUACAUUCGUUUAACAAUGAUCCUUGAUAUCAAUGAUAUGAUAUAACAAGCUUCUACGGGUGAGCUGGAGUUGCUGAAACUUUAUAGGAAUAACCAUCAGUACAAAAUGAUUGUUGCUAGCGGACUGCUAGCAGCUUGUGGCCUAGAUGAAAGGCAUAGUCAGGUGUCUGUCAGUAGUCUUAGCAGGUGGCUGAUGUGAUGUGUAGACUCCAACCGUAGCUGGCUACCCAGAGUUUCUUUGUGGUGUGUAACUAUUGCUAACAUGUGUUGGUUAAAUUGUAGUGGAUUAGCAAAUAAUUUGUUGUUACUUCAAAAUCACUUUUGCACUCUGAGUGAUAGCCUACCUGCUGGUCUGGUGCAGUAAGAUGUAACAGAGAUCAAGUGUGUGGCAUAUAGGCAGUCACUGGAGAGGGGUUCUCGUCUAAGGGAGGGAGUUGGAGCCGUGAACAGUUAGACGCAGGGCCUAAAAGUUUGUUGCUAUGCCCCUCUACGGCAUGUGAUUGUAACAGAAACCUUUCAACUUCUAAGGCUUUGAGUCACUUCGGAAGCAACUCCAGCUCUCAUUCCUGAGGUAUCAAAUUUUACCCCAGUAAAGGGCAUAUUUUCAUGUACGUGUACACUUUGAUAAUCUGUGAAGCCAGUCACUGAAUUACUGCUAUGUGAUUGUAUACAGUCCUAUGUAGAUUGUCACAGAGCCAAGACAGCAAUAAACUACACAUCCUCCGGUGCUCAGUUUAAGUUUUCACCCUAUGAGAUUAUUGGUCGCACUGCACUGUGCAGCAGAGUGCAUUCUGGGACAUGUAGUCGGCUAUACUCUGGUUGUGCUUUCUGAGUGUUCAGCCUUGAAGACCAAGCUUUUUUUCUCCAAAUCUGCGGGUCAGUUCAGUCAGUACCAGUGCAGUAUUUCUUAGCCUUGUUUCCGAGAUUCUGCUAGAAGGGUAAAAGUCUGGCUUCAGAAAGUGAAAGUCCUACCAUGUAGCCUAUUGGUUCUACCUGGGCACUCACACAGGUGAAUACACUAAUUAGCUCAUCUACCUGGCUGAGGAGUUGGGCCAAUUAGAAUCAGCGGGUUUAGGGAAUGGUUGGAGUAAAUACAUGGCAGGACUUUUAGUUUUUGAAGCCAGACUUAGAUUCUAUUCGGUAUGGGCACUCGGAAUAUCCACUUUUUUCAGCUUUCUUUACUGCCAUAUCAUAAUGUGUCUUAACUCUGACAACAUUUUAAAAAAAGUUUUAAACUCCAAUUAAUUGUGCUACUUUUGUUUUUAAACAGUAGAAAUACAACAUUUUCACUUAGCAUCUAAUGUUUUGAAUGUCCUGGAUUUAUGCACCAUCAUAUUGCAUUAUAUUCUGAUAUCAUCUGAUUCAUUGAGCACAGACCCUCCGGAGCGUCAAGGCCAGUACAGGCCUCCCUUAGAGCAUCCAGUACAGCUUCAGAACGAAUGCCGAUAGCUAUGCAUGCUGCAUUAUCUUCUCCUGCUUUAAAUAUUUUUGAACAACAUGGUUUGCCAUGACAAUGAAAUGUAUUCUUCAAAUGUUCUGUGUUGUUUUGUCCUUUCACCUUUUUUGUAUUUACUAGUAAUAAAAGGUAAAGCAGUGGGUAUCGUAAACUAUCUGGAAUCAAGAACAUGGGGAAAUAAAGCAAUGAC